ACCUCUUCUGGCCGCCUUCCCCGCGCUCCAGGGCGUGCGUGAGCGGGCGCGUCGUGCAUAAAAGGCGCUCGGCGGUGUGAGGGCACGCGGAGGCUGGAAGGAGCGAACCUUUCCCUCUGGUGCCGAGGAGAUUCCGGCGGGGCGGGGGGCGGGCAUUUAUAAAGCUUCCCCUUGCAGUCCGGCCAAGCGCCUCUUUCCCGGACCGCCGUUUGGUCUGCGCGCUUUUUCUGAAUUAGGUUGGAGAGCGGUUCCCGCCAGGCCGAAGCGACCGGCAAUGGAGAAGCCAACCGAGAGCCGGAAUGGCUUUCUGGAGCCGACGGUGCUAACCGGCUUCGAGUCUGGAGAGGAAGGAGUGAAGCAGCCUCGGCUGAAGCUCUUCCAGUUGCGGAGCUUCGGGCGGUUCCUGAGGAAAAACUGCAUCGUGAUCCUGACCGUCACCGGCGUGCUGGUUGGGGUGGCCAUGGGCGCCCUGUUGAGGCAAACGCCGCUCACCCGGGCUCAAAUCACCUACUUGGCCUUUCCGGGAGAGAUGCUCCUCCGUAUGCUGAAGAUGAUCAUCCUGCCUUUGGUGAUAUGCAGUCUGGUCUCCGGGGCAGCCAGCCUGGACACUCGGUCCCUGGGCAAGCUGGGCGGCAUCGCCGUCGCCUACUUCUUGGUUACCACCUUGAUCGCCUCGGCGCUGGCCGUUGCCUUGGCCUUCAUCAUCAAACCCGGGGUGGGCGCCGGGGAGCUCAAUAGCAAAGACUUGGGCUUGGAUGGCGCCAUGCCCACCAAUAAGGAGACGGUGGACUCUUUCCUGGACCUGGCAAGAAAUUUGAUGCCAUCAAAUCUCAUUGUUGCAGCCUUUCGAUCGUAUGCUACUGAUUAUAAAGUCAUUAUUAGAAAUGCAACCAUUGAUAAUGUUACCAUUGACAAGUACAUUGUUGAUUAUAAAGAAAUAAUAAAUGCCACCCUUGGGAAUGUCACCAUUGAAAAGUUCCCCGUUGGCACUGAAAUUGAAGGAAUGAAUAUUCUGGGGCUUGUGCUCUUUGCUCUGGUUUUGGGAGUAGCUUUGAAAAAACUUGGACCUGAAGGAGAAGAACUUAUUCGUUUCUUUAAUUCUUUCAAUGAGGCAACCAUGGUCUUAGUAUCUUGGAUUAUGUGGUAUGUACCACUUGGCAUCACAUUUCUAGUUGGAAGCAAGAUUGUGGAAAUGGAUAACAUUAUGCUGCUGGUGACAAGCCUUGGAAAAUACAUUUUUGCAUCAAUUCUUGGCCAUAUUAUUCAUGGAGGAAUUAUUUUACCACUUAUUUAUUUUGCAGUUACACGCAAAAACCCUUUCACUUUUCUGUUAGGACUUAUAACUCCUUUCACCACAGCAUUUGCUACUUGUUCCAGCUCUGCAACUCUUCCAUCAAUGAUCAAAUGCAUUGAAGAUAACAACAAAGUAGACAAAAGGAUUAGUAGAUUUAUUCUGCCUAUUGGGGCUACUGUGAAUAUGGAUGGAGCUGCUAUUUUCCAGUGUGUAGCUGCUGUCUUUAUUGCUCAACUGAACAACGUUGACCUCAAUAUUGGACAAAUCUUUACCAUUCUGGUUACUGCCACUGCUUCCAGUGUGGGAGCUGCUGGAAUUCCAGCUGGAGGAGUUCUAACCAUAGCUAUUAUUUUGGAGGCUAUUGGACUUCCCACAAAUGACAUCUCUCUCAUAUUGGCUGUGGACUGGAUUGUGGACCGGACCACAACAGUUGUCAACGUUGAAGGUGAUGCCUUUGGAGCAGGUAUUCUUGAUUAUCUGAAUCCAAAAGAAACGAAGGAGAAAGACACAGAACUUAGUGAUGUCCAUGUGGAAGCCAUUCCAAACACCAAAGCUGAUGAGGAAACAUCACCUCUGGUAACACACAAGGUUCAAGAUUGCACCCCUCCACCAUCUAGCUCUCAAGAUCUAACACCUAAUGAAUCAGUCCUAUGAAUAUAAAAGAGCGGAGGGCACUUUAUGGGCACUGUAAUUUAGAAAGUACUUGUUGAAUAGAGUCUGUAUGGCCCCCUAAGAUUAAGCAGGCAUGUCCUCUUCCAUUCUGAUGGCAUAAAACACAGUGGUAGCAGCCACAGACUACAAAAUAUGUGCAAGCUUCUGUAUGUUUGUGUGUGUGUUUGUGAGAAAGAGAGACAAGAAUGAAAACUUUAGUUGGUACACAAAGUGCUGCUGCAUCCUUAUGUGUAUGUGAGUAACAUAUGCAAGACAAAUGUAGUGACUGAAUGAUAGCUAUCCUAGAAAAUUUCUUCUUGCUGUAAAAUAAUAAUUAAAACCCACUUUAUAAGAUAGACUGAAAUUUCAGAGAUUUGGGGAAUGUCUUAUUAACUAAAGUUAUACAGGAAAAGAAAUGGAGUUUCUUGUAAUUUUACUGCAUCAAGCCUGCAUGACUGUGUUUGAAAGAUAUUCUUAAAGGAUCCGUUUCUUUUGAUUGAUAGCCAGUUUGUGGGAGCUAACCAAACUAUUGCUUUUUGUUCUAGUUUGAUAAAUCAGAGAAGCAAACCUUUUGAAGGAGAAUAGAAUUGAACUAAUAUGUUAUCAGAUAUAUAUAGCUAAUGGCCACCAGUCCAGAUUAGCCUAAAAAGGACAAUUUUAAUUUAUUGCUCUCUUUCUGAACUAAGCAAAGCACCUGUAUGUUGAACCUGGACCAAAAAAGAAUGCAAGAAGUUGAACCAUUGCCUUUCUCUGCAACAGUUGGGUUGCAACCUUCAUAAUUGUUUCUUAACACAGGAAGCUUCAAUUAGUUUUUAGGCACUCUCAGUAAUUUACAUUAAUGCUUGAUUGUUGUUCCUAGAAAGAAAUAUCAGUGAGUGGCCAUGAUGAAUAUGUACUACUAUUUCUACAAAGCAGGAACUGACUUUAUGUUUCCUUAAGUCAUGUUGCUGGUGGUGCUGUGAGAUAUUAUCUUUGUCCUGGAGCAGCAUAUUGUAUGGCUUAUGGCUUUUAAUGUUUUCUGCUUUAGAACUGUCCCAAAUUGGGACCCCCCAUUGGCAAUGGAAGGCUAGCUAGAGUUUUCAGAUUGGUAGGCCCAAUAAACCUAGUGGACAUUGUAUCUAGAAUGAUGCUUUUGAGCAUGAAUCCAUAACUGGACCUAAAAACAAAUUGUUUAUCAAAAGGACAGGCUGCAUCAGGUAGUAUGCUGCCCAUUUCCCCAAGACCAAUAAGUAUAUGAAAUGUGUUUCUAUCAAUCCCUAAACUGAUGAACUCCAUGUUUAUUUAGCGUCUGGUGACAUAAAUGGCCCAUAAUGUUUUUUCUUUAUGCAUAACAAAUGAAAUCAUACUGCAAAUAUGGAUAGAAAACAUAUGUAGAACAUCCAGUUAUAAGCUUCAAAAGGUCUACAUAAAAAUAUAUUUAAAUGGGUGCUUAAAUGUGGCUUGAUAAUAAUCAUGAAGCUUCAUUUGUUGCUUUUUCUCUCACUCCACCAUUGCUUUCAAGAGGAUAUGUGUUGAUAAUACAAUCCUGGUCUUUAACUCUUCUUGUAUAAGAGUUACCAUUCAGACAUUUUUUCUGGCUAUUAGGAAUUCAAUUCCAUUAUUUAAAUUUGUUUGGAAUAUUAUCUGUCCUUGUCCUCCCAGUAUGAAAAUCUUUUUCAAAAGGAUAUAAUGCAUUAUAAUUUCCCCCCCUGCAAAAUUAACCUUAAAGCCCUGGGGCAGGAAAAAACAACUUACCUGGUGCCUCCCAGAUGGGUCACAACUCCAGUUCCCAGAAUUGUUACCAUUUGCCCUAAUUUGCCAUUUUCAAUCUGGUGAACUCCAAAUUCAGAAUAUAGAGUAAAUGGGAUUAAUACGAAUUAAAAAAAAGUCAGAUUUUAAUGAUAAACACCUUUGGUUGAAGGGCAAGGUAUCGUUUUGAUAAAUAUUUACCUUUCCAGAAACAACUUUUUUCCUUAUAAAUUAUAAAAUAACUUUAUGUAACUAUAAAGGAAGCCUUUGGAAUGGGUUAUAUGUUUAUCUCAUUCUACCUAUUCUUUCAGUGCGGGCACAUAAUAAAUAUGGUAGUAAUUUUUUUCUCUUCCUGCAUUAACCAGACAAACACAUUGUGAAGUAUUCUUACCAAUUGACGUAGCAAAUGCUGACACAGAAAUCACUAUCCUUUGGGCAGGCCAGUCAGUUAAACCUGACCUGUUUGUAUUGCUGCCAGUCAGAAUGCCAAGUCCUCUUGCAACAGAGUCAUAAUCUAGAUAAUCCUAUUACUUUUCAGUUAGAUAAUCAUUAAGUCAUAAGAUUGCAUCUAUCCUUUGUUUCAGUUGCUGAGCAAACAUUUUCAGAAAAGAGGUGUUCUUACAAAAGCGAAGCUUUGAGCUGGCUGAUUGGAUGAUUUUUAGUGGUAGAAAUUUAGCGCUUAGGUUUCUUUACAGCAGUGUUUUUCACAUUUGGGAACUUUAAGAUGUGUGGACUGCAACUCCCAGAAUUCCCUAGCCAAUUCUGGUAACUGAAGUCCACAGACUUUAAAGAUGUCAAAAGUGUAAAACACUGUUUAGAGGAUUUGCUCAUAGAGAAAGAAAAUAUUUCUCUUUAUCCCGGCAUCAUUUUGCAUCUUAGUUGGAAUUUGUGAGUUAUAGUCCAUCUUGCCCACUUGCAUAGGUGUGCAGAAAAUAAUCAGCACAUAAAAUACUGAUUUGCUUCCUGCAACUGAUUUAGCACACUUUGAGCAGUAAUAAUAAUGUUUGUGCAGGAUUUCAAAAUCAGUAAAGUCAACUGUGGAUCUUGAUCCUCCCAAUUUUUAUUUUCACUGGAUGAAGGUAUUGUUGUUAGUAUUAUGUGAGACAAGUGAAAUUUCUCCCAGUUCAUUUAUUCUACAGUGGAAUAAUGUACAUUUUCAUGCCUUUCCCCCUUCUUUAAUCUUUCUUCCUAAGAUGUAAAACUCCAGACAUAGUAAUUUUUUCUCUAUAGAGAAAGAAAUUCUUGUUCAGCUUUUUCUGUCAUUUUUAUGUAACUUUUGAGGAGGCAUGACUGUAAACUGUACAUAAUAUUUCAGGUUUAAGCACUGGAAAGCAGAAAUUGAAUAGGAAGUGCAAAAAGAAAUUGAAAGCAUAGAUAUGUAAUUUUAGUUCUCACUAAAAGAAUAUACUCAUGCCUCUUUAAGAUCCCAAUUGAGCACAUCUUUUUCUGUAUUAAAAAUAUGCCCCAGAGAGGACUAAUAAUCUCUUCUCUAGGAGAUUAGUAAUAUUUUAUUUAACGGGUUUUAAAUAAUGUAGUGCCAGUGAUUAUUGAAUCAAAUAGACCAGCAAGAGUAGGGAUAUUGGAAAGAAAAAUAUCUGUGAGCCUUGAUUGUCAGUACAACCUGCCUGCCUCUCAAAAUACAACUUGUCAUUAAUGAUCACAAAGAUUAAGAAAUUAAUGAUCACAAAGAUUUUAUUUAACGGGUUUUAAAUAAUGUAAUGCCAGUGAUUAUUGAAUCAAAUAGGCCAUUACUCCAGCAAGAGCAGGGAUAUUGGAAAGCAAAAUACCUGUGAGCCUUGAUUGUCAGUAUAACCUGCCUGCCUCUCAAAAUACAACUUGUCAUUAAUGAUCACAAAGAUUAGGAAGCUCUAAUCAAAGGAGCUCUUGGGUGCUACCGCCAGAAAUGUGACCUACCUAACACACACAGUAUUAAGUGUGAAUGAACUGUACAGAACCAGUGUGAGGGGUUUAAGUAGCAAAUUCUUCUACCAAAUGGAAAAGGCAGAUUGAUUGAGAGCUUUGAUUACUGCUCACAGUAUAAAUGCCAUUGGGGAUCUCUUUUGUGUAUAGUAAAGCUAUUUUUUUCAUAUUUUUAUAGUGACUGAACCGAAGAUUGGUUUGACAGCAACUUAUUGACAAUAGUAGCCAGAGAAAGAAAAAGAGAGAGAAAGCAGGUGUUUCUCAAUAGCCUCCUCAAUUCAGAUCUUGGAUCAGUACCAGCAUAUUUACAAAAAAUGAAUCAAUAUUCUACCCCUGCUUUGUUUUAUCAAAUAAUAUUGCCUUUUCUUUUGUCAAAUUUGCUAAUGGUACAAAAAGAUGAUUAUUAUUUUUUUGGUCUGGAGGAAAAUCAAGAUGGCAAAGAGCAGGCAAUUGAGUAGAACAGAUAUUUUUCAUUACUGAUUAUUUUUUCUUUAGCUAUUUGACAAUCCCUGGACCAAAUCCAAGGUUAGCAUAUCCUCCCUGUUCCUGUCCUUAUCCCAUUGAGAAAUAUGACCUUUUGUACUUUGCUACACUAAUAAACGUAACUGGGUUUUUUUUGCUUAUGGAUGAUAUAUCUAUCUUCAGGUUCAAGUGUCAUAUUGCUUGAAACUCAGUAAUGCCUAAAAAUAAUGCCUAUAAAGGAAAAUGACAUAGACUGUGUAAGAGUCUAUAUUGUACACGAUACAUUAUUAUCAUUACUUUAAAUUAAGAGGCAUCAGGAAUUUACCCCUAGGGUUUUGUGUGCGUAAAAUAUUUGCUGCACUAUUGAAUUUUGUUGCCUCCCUUAUUGAUUUCAGUGGCAACCAGCAAUCUUGACUAUUUAAACUGCUCCUUCCUAAUGUAUCAUAUCAGCACUUGCAGUAUACAAAUUCUAGUUUUUAAGGUUUCCAUUGCAGUGUAUGAUAUUUCACUUUUCUCUGGUUUUUCAUUUUUCUCAUUUCAAUCAGUUUAAACCACUAGAAUGAAAUAUUCAUUAAUUUGUUCAUUUAAUUUAUCUAGUUGGGGAAUGUGGAAGGAAAUCAAAAUGUAAACAUAAAGCAGAGGAUUGAUUAAAAUUUAAAAAAAUCUGUUGUGCAGCAUUUUAGGAACUCUGAAAUUAGGCUGCUGAAAAUUGCAGGAGAACCAUGCUGACUAUGUGCAGGAAUGAGGUGGAGGUUUAUAGAUUUACAUUCUGCAUGCUAGUAUUACCAUGCAUAGUAUUACUAUGAACUGGUGAAACAAAGCUGGAAACUAAUUAUAUAUUUUUGAACUGGAUGAUCAGCUUUUUAAAAAAUCCUGACAUUCUAGGCACAGAUGCUGCAUAGCAGAUUUUGUUAUGGUUAUGUUGAGGCCCUAAUUUUAAAGUUUGCACACUCCUCCCAAAUAUCAUGUUAAUACUAUAAUUGAAAAUAGGCCAUCAGCUUGUGUUUUUUCCUCUUGCUAUUCCAUUUUUUUUAGGUUGGCUAAAAAAACGCUAUUGCUCUAAUUGGACUUUGUGCUCAAUCUUCAUUGUAUUUAUUCUCAUGCAACCAUUCCCAGAAUUUACAUUGAACCAUCAGUGCGUCCCCUUGCUGAUUAUUGAGCAUGUCUCCUCCCCCAACAAAAACCAUCUAAUAAAAGCCCAGCUGCUACUCCAAUAUCAGUUUCCCACUGCCAUCUUUGCCUUUUCCUGUAGUUGCUUGAGAGCAACGAGAGAGGAAAACUUUGGGCGGUGGGCCUAAGCUACCCUACCCCCUGAGUCCCAUGGCAAAUAAGUUGGUGAUUUGAGAUUUUGAAGAGCGUAGUAAAAGAACACUGGCUGAAAAAUGUCA